AUGAAUGCUUUCGCUCGCUACUUUUUAAGUGGGCGCGAUCUGCUUUGUGGACUCUUUUUCAAUGACAUUUUCUGGGUCUUUGGCACGGACGUCAUGGUCACGAUUGCCACGUCGCUCGAUGCGCUGAUCAAACUGAUCUUCCCAUGUAAGUUUGCUACUGAUACGAAGAAGCAGAAGAGCUCGAUCUUGGGCCUUGGAGACAUUGUGAUUUCCGGUAUCUCAAUGGCACUGCUGCUGCGAUUCGACGCAAACCGUGCGAAUGUAACCAGUAACGACCAGUCGUUACCCAAGCCGUUUUUCCACGUGAACAUGCUGUGCUAUGUGCUGGGUCUAGUGGCUACAGUUGCGGUCAUGUACUUCUUUGAUGCGGCACAGCCAGCACUGCUGUACCUUGUGCCGCCGGCGUGUCGGGGCUCAGCGCUGAUUACUGCAUUCGUUCGUGUCGAGUUGAAUGAGCUGCUGAGUACUCGGAGGAGGAAGAAGAGGAAGAGAAGAGCGGCAGUGUAA